ACGUGCGGGGGCGGGGGGGGGACGAGGGGGGGGGGCGCCGGCGGCGGAGCUGGGGCCGGCGGCGGGAGAUUGCCUCGCUGCUCGGCUCUCCGUGCUGACAUGGUAACGGAACAGGGGCUUGCACCGGCGGGCGGACAGGGACAGCUGCUGCGGAGAGGCUAGCGCAACAGCCUGGUAGGGUCCAUCUCGGCUAGACACGGAUGAUGCCAGAGCUAUGACAGGGAUUGCAGCCUUGGCACUGAGGGGUGAUCGAUUAUGGAACAACCACAGGAGGAAGUACCUGAGGUCAGGGAAGAGGAGGAGGAAGAGGAAGAGGCAGUGAUGGUGGCCAGCGGAGCCUCAGACCCAAGUGCAGGACCAGACAGCUCGCUGCCUUCGAGCAGCUACACAGACCUUUCACAGAGCUCCUCUCCCUCCCUGUCGGACCAACUGCAGAUGGGCUGCGAGGAGGCGGCCUCGGGGGCGCUGAACGUGGAGUGCAGGGUCUGCGGGGACAAAGCCUCGGGCUUCCACUACGGCGUGCACGCCUGCGAGGGCUGCAAGGGUUUCUUCCGCCGGACAAUCCGCAUGAAGCUGGAGUACGAGAAGUGUGAGCGGAGCUGCAAGAUUCAGAAGAAGAACAGGAACAAGUGCCAGUACUGCCGCUUCCAGAAGUGCCUCUCACUGGGCAUGUCACAUAACGCGAUCCGCUUCGGCCGCAUGCCGGAGGCAGAGAAGAGGAAGCUGGUGGCGGGGCUGACGGCGAGCGAGAUCAGCUGCCAGAACCCACAGGUGGCCGACCUGAAAGCUUUCUCCAAGCACAUCUACAACGCCUACCUGAAAAACUUCAACAUGACCAAAAAGAAGGCGAGAGGUAUCUUGACCGGGAAGGCCAGCAGCACCCCACAGCCUUUUGUGAUCCAUGACAUGGACACCUUGUGGCAAGCAGAGAAGGGGCUGGUGUGGAAGCAGCUGGUGAAUGGGAUUCCCCCCUACAAGGAGAUCGGGGUGCACGUCUUCUACCGCUGCCAGUGCACCACGGUGGAGACCGUGCGGGAGCUCACCGAGUUCGCCAAGAGCAUCCCCAGCUUCGUCGGCCUCUACUUGAACGACCAAGUGACUUUGCUGAAGUACGGGGUGCACGAGGCCAUCUUCGCCAUGCUGGCCUCUAUCAUGAACAAGGACGGGCUGCUGGUGGCCAACGGGAACGGCUUUGUGACCCGCGAGUUCCUGCGCAGCCUGCGCAAGCCCUUCAACGAGAUCAUGGAGCCCAAAUUCGAGUUUGCUGUGAAGUUCAACGCGCUGGAGCUGGAUGACAGCGACCUGUCUCUGUUUGUGGCUGCCAUUAUCCUGUGUGGAGACCGUCCUGGCCUGAUGAACGUGAAGCAGGUGGAGGAGAUCCAGGACAACAUCCUGCGGGCGCUGGAGUUCCACCUGCAGUCCAACCACCCCGAUGCUCAGUACCUUUUCCCCAAGCUGCUGCAGAAGAUGGCCGACCUGCGGCAGCUGGUGACGGAGCACGCCCAGCUGGUGCAGAAGAUCAAGAAGACGGAGACCGAGACCUCCCUGCACCCUCUCCUUCAGGAGAUCUACAAGGACAUGUACUAAGGACCUGUUAUUUAUGAGAAUGAAGCCAUUGGAUUCCCGGCGGGACUCUUUGUACAAACACAAAGAAAACCUUUCCCCGUGGUGUCUUCCGUUCCUUCUACUGGAAACUCUUUUUCUACACGACCCCACCGUACGGUACACAGGGCAGGACGCCGUAAGAUUUUGCAGCCGCCACCUGGCCGGCCGGGGCUUCCCUUAACACACACUAACAAAUUCAGAGGCAAACCCUAAGCCACCGUUUCCGUUACUACAGCCCUGCUCCUCAGCUGCUCCCCGGGGCCCUGCAGCGGCCGGGCGUGGGCAGCGGGGUUCCUGCGGCAGCCUGGGGGCAGCGGGGCUGCUCUGGUUGUCCAGAGGUCACCGAGCAGGGCCAGCAGCAGCACUUAGAGCGUGUCUCGGUUGUCUUUUUUUUUUUUGUAUUGCACUCCGAAGAUGUGGUCCUGAGCCGUGAAGUCUAGGGCAGUGUCACAAAAAGGAAGUUUCUCUCUUUUCCCAAAGAAAAAAAAAAAACAAAAACAGAGUAUUUGAAGACGGGUACAGCUGUCCUCACACACACCCGCAGCUGCAGUGCCCUCACUGUGCCCCCAGUGCCCCCGCUCCGGAGGAACCUGCCCCUCAGCAGCUCCAUGUGAGGAGGGAGGGACGUGGAGAAGGGAGGGAAGGGUUUGACUCACAAAAAUCCACCUGUGGAGCAGAGGCCAAGGUCUCUUUGCUUUCCCAGGCUGUUCUGCACAGACCGAAGCUCCAAAAACGUCUGCAUGGGGCCAGGGCCAGGUCUGGGGCUGUGCAAGGUUGGGAGGAGGCAGCGGGGCUCGUGCCUUGUCCUGCAGCUCCCUUCCCAAGGUGGGGCCGUGGGGCAGAGGCGCUGAGCUCCCUGCGAACACCAGAGCGAGCAAAGCCUCCGGCAGCACCAGCACCAGGAAAGUCACGGCCAGCCCGCAGAGCCCGGCACUGCGAGGGGACAUCAACUGGGACAGGGGAAGGGAACACGGGGCAGGAGGGUGCCACAAAGGGCUCGGAUCUGAUGAUCCCACUCUGUCCAGGCUGUGGGACCAGCCUGGAAGGCUUCAAAUUGGGGAACAGCAGCGUUAGGGAGAGCAGGAGCUGGCUGCAGCCCAGCCUGGUGUUGUUGCUGCCCGACUGCGUGGCCUUCAGCCCCUCUUAAUGGCCGUGCCUCAGUUUCCCCUGCUGGGGAAGGGAGCCACACUGUCACCUGCCCUCUGCUCCGAGGGGAAAUAAGAGGAUUUAACAAGUGCCCUGGUUGCAAGGAGCCUUGCAGCUGUGACCCCCGGUCUAAAUGCCUCAAAGUAUUCCUCAAAGGCGAGGGAGAGGGCGGCUGCUCGCAGGGCGCUGUGCCGGGGAAGUUCCCCUGAGCGAGGAGGGGGCAGCUUCAGGCUCCGUGCCCUGCCCAAGCCCCGAGCAGCUCCGGGGCUUCACCUCGCAUCCCCAGCAGCCUUAUUCAAACACCGAUAAUCCCACGGGGGGGCACGGGAGCGGAUUAAUGGGUUUUGUGUUCCUCCUCUUCAGGGUAGUGGCUUUCCCUGGUGCAAUAAUCCCUUUGGAGAGCCGCAGGGCUGGCAGCUCCCAAACCCCUGCCGCUGCCCUCGGGCUCCUCACCGUGCCUCGGUUUCCCUGCCCGCAGCCCGCCCGGCCCCUUCCCGUGGCCCUACCUCGCGGGGAAGUUAGGAAUUACCUUUCUAAAGCACUUUGAAGUCCUCUGGGGAAGGCACUGCAGACGCACGCUGCACCCAGCCCGGGGGAUUUGGCCCCAAAGCCCCCCCAGUGGCACCCGGGGCUCGCGUGCCCGUUACCUGGGGAGCUUUUUCCUCUUCCCCCCCCUCCCCGGCAGCGUAACAACCCUCAAACUGAAAUGUAUAUUUUUGCUAGAAGUACAAGCCUCCAAGUGUUUUUAAUAAUAUAAAUAGUGCCCAUGAACUGACUUGACUUUAAAUAAAUCGCAACUAAAUAUUUAAGAA